CGAGAAAGUAAACGACAAGUCCUUUGAUAUUCAGAAAUCAGAAACUUCGGCAUCAUUCCAUUCUCACCUUCUAUAUCCUAUCUCAUCUCUUGAGCUCUGAAGAAUAUAAUACGAAUAAGAAGAACGAAGACCUCAAAACAACAAUGCCAACGCUGAAUUUAUUCACCAAUGUUCCGGUUGAUUCGGUUGUCACUUCCGAUUUCCUCAAAGAUGCUUCCAAAGCAGUUGCCAAGAUCAUUGGCAAACCGGAGUCUUAUGUGAUGAUUGUGCUGAAUGGAGCUGUGCCUGUUACAUUUGCUGGUACUGAGGAGCCAGCUGCUUAUGGGGAACUGAUCUCAAUUGGGGGUCUUGGACCAAGUGUCAAUGGAAAACUGAGUUCUGCAAUCGCAGAAAUUCUUCAAACGAAGUUUUCAAUUGAUAGUUCUCGGGUUUAUAUCAAGUUUUAUGAUGUUGAGAAGCAUGAUUCUUCAGCACCGUCAUGUGUUUCUUGGACAGCGGAUCGCUUGCAUUGUUACCGUUGGAAGCCCAAUCAAAAUAUGAUCACCAUUUGUUUGUUGGACGUCGGAUCUACACUAUUGUCACCAUCGGGAACCGAAAAAAAUCAGGAUUCCACGAGAAGAGCAGUGAAGCUUUGUUUGAAAUCUCAGGUUCUUGAGCAAACCUCGUCGGCAAAACUUUGUCGGUGCUAUUUUUUCUUUAAUCAUAAUGACCAACAUGUAAUUCUUUUUUUAUUUGGUUAUCUUACUUUUUAUCUUUAGAUUUAAUGAAUCGUAUUUAUUGUCAUCACUUAUUCUUAGAUCUGAUGCAUCUUCUAUGUAUGUUUCCAUAUUUCUCUCUCUCUCUCUCUAUAUAUAUAUAUAUAUUAGGAUUUUGAGUAUACUUUUUCCCAUGUUUGCUUAAAUUAUUAAUCAAGCAGCAGAAUUCUAGAAAUUUGGGAAAACUAAUUUGUAUAUAUAUGAUAUUCAUGAGUGAUUAAUUCUUGUUUUCUUUAUGAAUUUGUAAGAUGUUCAUUCUACAUGUACAUUAUUCAUCACGCAUUAGUUUGAUGUUCAUUUGUUGUUUACCAAAAAAACUCAACAAGCAUGGUCUCUCUUGCAUUAUUUUAAAAUGAUUGUUGAUAGAAGUAGUCAUCUAGUAUGUGUGUGAUGUUCAUCCAGUGAACUGAGAAUUUAAGUAUGUGAGCAAUAAACAAUUGCUGAUGUUCAUCCACUAAUUGAUGCAGCAGCGCUGGUGUUUAUUGCUUGCAACCAAUUGUUCAUUUUAAAAUUACUAUGUAUUAGUGAUGUUCAUCCAAUAAACUGAGAAAUUCAUUUAUGUAUUUGUGAUGUUCAUUUGAUACCUCCAAAAAUUCAUUGUAUAAGCUGUAUUUGUUAUGUACAUCUAGUAACAUGAAAAUAUUCAUCCUCCGUGUAGAUGUGAUCUCAUUGCUGGAUUGAUGUUAAUUGCUUGCAACCAAAUGUUCAUUUUAAAGUUGUUGGUGUUCAGCCAGAUAGCAAAAGUAUGAGAAUCAAGCAUGUGUCAUACAAGUCUCAUAGCUGGUAAAACCCAAAAUUCUAAAAGAGAGGGGAAACUUCCCUGGAAACUUCUCAAUUAUGUGAUGCCAAAGAAAAAGUAGCAACAUAGUAUGAUUUGAUGUUUUUACUAUUAUAAUAAUGUAAUUAACUGCUACUUGGCUUUAUAUGGUAUGAAAGUUAUUGGGCAAAGGACUAAUUAGAAAAUGUCCUUGCUCCUUUUGUC